AUGGAUCUCGCCCCGGUGAUCGAAGCACUUCAAGCUACACUUGUGCCACAACUGCGCAAACAAGCUGAAGAGAAACUUGCUCUUUUCUGCAAGGCACCCGGUUUCAUCCCAUGUCUCAUUCAAAUUAUUCUCAAUGAACAAUGUGAUAUGGGUAGUCGACAAGCUGGAGCUAUUCUAUUAAAAAAUCAUAUUAAUACAUAUUGGUCUGAUGGAAAUGAUCCACAUUCAACAACUGAUCCCGACAUUCUUGCAUUAGCUGAUGCUUGCAAUGUUAAUAUUCCAAAAGUAACUGGUGAUAAUUCUAAUAAAGUUUCACUUAUAUCUGAUGCUGAUAAAGAUUAUUUACGCAAUGUUCUUAUUGAUGCUAUUAUACGUACAAAAGAUCCAUUACGUUGUCAAUUAAUUUCAACAGCAGGUACAAUGAUUAAACAAGAUUUUCCAUCAAAAUGGCCACAAUUUAUGAACCAAAUUCAUACAUGUCUUUCAACGGAUAAUAUUGAAACAUGGAAUAGUGUUCUAUUAGUCUUCUAUACACUUGUUCAAUAUUACGAAUAUAAGAAAGUAGAAGAUCGUGGCCCAAUGGAUGAUGUUAUGUUUGUUAUUUUACCACUUCUUCAUCAACGUUUUAUGCAAUUAUUCGCUCAUGAUGAUUCCGAUCAAUCAGCGCUUAUACAAAAACAAAUCUUAAAAAUAUUUCAUGCUUAUACUCAGCUUCAUCUAAGUUUUCGAGUAUUACCAAGUCAAACAAUGGCAUCAUGGCUUGAUAUAUGUUGUAUGAUACUUGAAAGACGUUUACCUGAACGUUUAGAUGCACUUGAUGAAGAUGAUCGAGCUGAACAUCCAUGGUGGAAAUGUAAAAAAUGGGCUUUACAUAUUCUUAUUCGAACAUUCGAACGACAUGGAUCACCAGCAAAUUUGCCUAAAGCACAAUCAGCUGAACGAGUUGAAUUUGCUAAUUUUUAUUUAAAAGGUUUUUCUGCUAAAGUAAUAACACUUGUUUUUGGUAUUCUCGAAGCAUAUAGACAAAAAAUCUAUACAUCACCACGUGCUGUACAACUCAGUUUAAAUUAUUUACGUGAAAGUGUUCGUCAUGCAUUUUCAUGGAAAAUUGUUCAAAAUAAUAUUGUUGUAUUAAUACAAGAUAUUAUUUAUCCAUUAUUAUGUAUAACUGAUGAUGAUAUUGAAUUAUUUAAUGAAGAACCAGUUGAAUUUGUUCGUAAUCGUCUAGAUAUCUUAGAUGAAUAUAUAAGUCCAGUAUCAGCUGCUGAAUUAUUUCUAGCUGAUGCUGUUGCCAAACGUAAAGAUGUUCUAAUGAAAACAGUUAGUUUUCUUGGUACAAUUAUUCAUAAUGAUACAAUAACAACGAAACAAAAAGAUGGUGUUUUACAUAUGUUAGGUGUUAUUGGAAAUGUCCUUAUAAAGAAAAAAACAUUUGCUAAUCAAUUAGAAAAUAUAAUUGUUCAAUAUUUAUUUCCUGAAUUACAAAGUCCAACACCAUAUCUUCGUGCACGUGCUUGUUAUGCAUUAAGAAAUUUUGCUAAACUUGAAUAUACAAUUCCGGAUAAUUCAACACGUUGUUUAACAAAUUUAAUACAUUGUUUAUGUAAUGAUACAUCAUUACCCGUACAAAUUGAAGCAGCUAUGGCAUUAAAUUUAUUUUUAUCGGAUACAGAAGCAAGUGAUAAAGAUAAAGCUAUUAUAGUUCCACAUUUACAAGUUAUUGUUAUGCGUAUUAUUGAAAUAAUACGUAAAACAGAAAUUGAUGAUGUUAUGAUUGUUUUACAAAAAAUUGUUGGAUUAUUUGAUCAAGAAUUACAGCCAAUUGCUGUACAAAUGACAUCACAAUUAGUUGAAUUUUUUAAACAUGUUAUUUGUGCUGAAGGUGAAACAACGGAUGAAACAAAAGUUGAAGAAAGAACAGUUGCUGCUAUGGGAGUUUUAAAUACAUUAGAUACAAUUGUUAGUUGUAUGGGAGAAAAACCAGAAAUACUUGCGCAAAUUGAACAAAUUAUUUUUGAAGCAAUUGCUGUUGUAUUACGUGAUGGUAUUCUUGAUUUUUAUGAAGAAAUUUUAACUUUAGUGGAUACUUUAACAAUAAAUACAAUUAGUCCAUUGAUGUGGCAAGUAUUUUAUUUGAUUAAAGAAGCAUUCUAUCGUGAUGCUGCUGAUUAUUUUGCUGAAAUUAUGAAUUGUUUACAUAAUUAUAUUGUUAAUGAUACACCAUCAUUUCUAUCACAACCUGAUCGACUUGAAAUUAUUUUCGAAAUGUGUAAACAUGUCAUAGUCAAUGAUCUUGGUGAAGAUUCUGAAGCACAUGCAGCUAAACUUAUGGAAGUUGUUAUUCUUCAAUGUCAAGAUAACAUGAGUGUUGCAUUACCUGCCAUAGUUCAAAUGAUUGCUAAACGAUUUGAACGUGAAGUAGUGACUAGUGAAUUACGUUUAAUGUUAAUUCAAGUAUUUAUCGUUAUAUUAUGGCUUAAUCCGGAUAGAUUUUUUCAAACAUUAAAUACAGUAGCUGCAAAUGAUCCAACGACACAAAGUAUCAUUGGUAAUUUUUUCAAUCAAUGGAUGACUGAUUGUCAUUUAUUUGCUGGUGUUCAUGAUCGUCGUGUUUGUGCACUUGGUCUUUGUACAUUACUUCGUAUUGAUGCAACUUAUUAUCCAGCAAUAUCGGAGAUUGUACCAAAAAUUUUACCUAAUUGUAUUCAAAUCUAUGAAGGUUUAAUGAAAACAUAUCAACAUAAUGAUGAAGAUGAUAGUGAUGAUGAAACCGAUGAUGAUGAUGAUUCAGUUGCUAGUGAAAUUGAAGAUGGUGAAGAUGAAACAAUUGAACAUGAAGAUGAUUUUCUUGAAAGUCUUGACAAAUUGAAAGGAAAAGUACCUGAUCAUGAAAUGUCUGGUGAAGGAGUUGGUGACGAUGAUGAUGAUGACGAUGAUGAAGGCAGUGAUUUUGAUAUAGAUGAAACUGAUCUUGAAUCAUAUUCAACUGUUCUUGAAGCUAAUGAAGAUAUUGAUGAAUUUCAAAUAUUUUCUGAAAGUUUACAAAAACUUCAAGCAGAUACAACUGGUUAUAAUCAAGCAUUAUUACAAAGUCUUUCACCUGAACAACGUACAAACAUACAAAAUAUCAUUCAUUAUACCGAAAAAAGAAAACAAGAAAAAGAAUCAAGUAAAAUCCGUGAAGCCGGUGGUUAUAACUUUACACAAUCUGUUGCUGCUGGACAACCAACAACCUUCAAUUUUGCAGGAAAUGGUCCAAUAAUAAACAUAUUACAAAAUCAGAAAUAA